CAUGUAGAGAUGCACCAAGAGCCAUUUUCUCCCACCCAAGCAUCUUUCUCUACACCCAGCUAUAGCUAGCUUUUAACUUGCUUAAUUAUCAUUAGCCAUGGAAAUUGAUCAUCAGGCUGCAGCAGCAACUCAAAAGAAGCCAGAGUUUUUUGGCCGUGGUUUCGGGUGGCUCAAGAACAAGGCUGUGAAGGUUGCAAAGAGCACAAAGAAGCUCGGACAAGACGACCCAAGACGAGUCAUCCACUCCCUAAAGGUUGGACUGGCUCUCACCCUGGUUUCCUUGUUAUACAAUUGGAGACCUCUCUACGAUGGUUUUGGUGUUUCAGGAAUGUGGGCUGUGCUGACUGUCGUAGUAGUCUUCGAAUUCACUGUUGGUGCAACCCUCAGCAAAUCUUUAAAUAGAGGUUUUGCCACAUUAUUUGCUGGUGCUCUCGGCCUUGGAGCUCAACAUUUAGCUUCUCUUGGUGGCCAGAAAGGACGACCCAUUGUCCUUGGGACCCUUGUUUUCUUACUAACUGCAGCAUCAUCAUUCACUCGAUUCAUUCCACGGAUCAGGGCAAGAUAUGACUAUGGGGUGUUGAUUUUUAUAUUGACAUUUAGCUUGGUAACAGUCUCAGGUUAUCGGAUUCAAGAAAUCUUACAGCUUGCCAAUCAAAGAUUCUCCACCAUACUUGUAGGCGGAGCCACCUGCAUAAUUAUAUCCAUAUUUGUUUGUCCGGUAUGGGCCGGCGAAGAUCUUCACAAAUUAAUGGCUUCCAAUCUAGAAAAGCUUGCAAACUAUCUAGAAGGUUUUGGAGGUGAAUAUUUUCACGACUGCGAGAAUAUUGAAGGGAUUGCGGAGGCGUCUAUGGGUGAUAAGGCACUUCUGCAAGGUUAUAAAAGUGUCCUUAAUUCAAAAAGCACCGAAGAAUCGUGGGCGAAUUUUGCAAGAUGGGAACCAGGACAUGGCCGUUUUCACUUCCGACAUCCAUGGAAACAGUACCUGAAGAUUGGAGCCCUUGCUCGGCAAUGUGCUUACCAUAUUGAAGCUCUCAAUGGCUACAUCAACUCUGAUAUUCAGGAACCAUUGGAAUUCCGAAAUAAAAUUCAAGAAUUAAGCAAGAGGAUGAGCUCAGAAUCCAGCAAGGCAUUAAAAGCGUUAGCAUUGGCAAUAAAAACAAUGACAGACCCUUCAGCCGCCAAUCCCCAUGUGGAAAAUUCUAAAACCACCAUUAACGACCUAAAAACAGCACUUAAAGCUGCCACGUUGGAGAAUGUAGACGUCCUUGCCAUUAUUCCAUUUGCCUCGGUUGCUUCAAUACUAAUAGAAAUCACCAGAUGUGUGGAGAAAAUCUCUGAGUCGGUCCACGAGCUUGCUGACCUGGCACAUUUCAAGACUAGUACUGUUGAACGACCCACUGUAUCACCGGAGAAACCACAACUACUUCACCGUGGAAGCGUAAAACCUGUACUUUUGGAUAGUGAUAGUGACGGUGACGAUGUUGUAAUCACAGUGCAUGAAAAGAACGUGGAUUCACGAGAAAUUAAUGAGCAGGUUUCUCAGGCGCCAAACACUGGCCAACGACUUCAAGUGUAAAUAUUUGUCACUGACACGUACGUGACUAUUUUUUAGAACUGUCGUCGAAGAAGGAAGAAAUAUGAGCAACCCUUCCCUCUUUAUGUAUUUUAAUCUUUUUAUCGAUUCCUGCUCGUAUUUGCUUAAUUAUUAGCAGAAAAAUGCUCUUUGUAGAGGUAUAUGGUGCUUUUCUCAACCAUAUGUGAAUGAUAAUGCUAUUUGUACAUUUUUUUUAUAUAUAUAUACAUCUCUUUGUACGUA